AUGACUGUCACCAGGGUGCUGCACACCGUGGCUCUGCUCCUCGUGCAAGGGGGGUUUCCAGGGGCUGGCAGUGAAACCGUGACUGUGAAGGAAGGAGAAGACCUGACCCUGCACUGCACCUUCAGCCCCCCCAGCGCUGCCCACAGCUCUGCUCUGCAGUGGUUGAACCCUCGUGGUUUCACCAUUUUUCUCAACAGCCAGCAGGUUUUAAGAGACAAGAGGUACAAACUCAUCCAUUAUUCCAAGGCUGAAUUAUCCAUCCAGCUGUCCCAGGUCACAGUGCACGACGAAGGCUCCUACAGAUGCUUCUACUAUGGCAGACCCUUCAAAAGCAAGGCCCAGCCUGUUGAGGUAUUGGCUGCCCCUUCUAAUCCAGUACUGGAAGUAUCCCAAGACACAGAAAGAGGCAUUACACUGUCCUGCUACACCCAAGGAUGCAAACCCCAACCCCGGGUCACCUGGCUGUUGGACAAUGGGAUGGAGCUCCCAGGUGACACCAAGCACGAGCUGGGAUCUGAUGGGAAGAAAUGGAGCACAACCAGCACGUUGACAGUCCUCUCCUACGGGCCCAAUGCCACAGCCAGCUGCAUCAUCCACCACCCAGCCCUGAGGGGAGAGAAGCUGAUGGCAUCUUUCCACUUCCAGGACCUCCCCAGGACGGGGUCCAAACAACCAACCAGCCCUCCUGCAGCACCAGAGGGUCCAGCAGGUUCCAGCUCAGCACCAACACCAACCCAGAAAAACCUCCCACCAGAUGUCACAUCUGAUUGGCCUGAAGGAUCAGCAGCUUCAUCAGGAGACGAAGAAUUGGGAGGUUCCUCGGGUUAUGGUGACCCCAAUGGGACUGAGACAACAUCCAAAGGAAAUGUCACAACAGAGGAACUUCCCAGGACAGAAGCCCCAGUGCCACGUGAAAACACCACUGGGACUUCCACCUUCACUGCUGAGCAAGAUCCCAAAUCCAAAGGCACCAUAAAGAAGGAGAAGGACCUCUUGCUGCCAAUCCUGGUGGCUGCCCUGAUUUUUGUGCUGCUCAUCAUCGUCCUGCUUUUCCUGAUGAAGCUGAAACAAGCCCAUGGAGUGUGGAAGAGAGAAAAUGAUGUUUCAGAGCAGACACUGGAGAGUUAUAAAUCCAGAUCUAACGAAGACAGUCCAGGCCAUGAGAAGAAUGGACAAGUUGCCAAUCACAAGCCCAACCUGCAAUAUGUAGCAGAAGGAUAUGGGGAAACUACUCUGAAGAAUCCAAGUGACAAAACCACUGCAAUAAGUGAGAAAAUGUUUGCAUGUGGAAAGGAAACAGAUGUAUAGUGAUGGGAAACCUGUACCAUGGGCAGAAACCCCCCUUUUUCCUCAUGUCAAAGAU